AUGCUUGAUACAGAUAAUAGUACCACCAUCAAUGAUUCAUCUAUUGUUUCAGUUGGAUUAAUUUUACCUAGUGUUAAAUUUUGGUUUUAUCUUAUUUUUCUUAUUCCAUCAAUUAUUUGUACAUUAUUUCUUCUUUAUUAUCUUCUUUCAAAUCGAAAUCUCCGUCGUUCUCUUAAUAAUCAUGUUAUUAUUGUUUUACUUUUUACUGUUCUUUUCUGCGAAGUAACGAUGUACCCAUGGAUGCUUUAUUAUUUUUGUAAAGGUGAUAGUUGGCAAAGAUCAUAUAUUUUUUGUAGUAUUUGGGCAUUCAUUGAUUGGGCAUUCUAUGCGAUGCAAAUAAUGCUUUUUGCAUGGGCAUCAAUUGAAAGACAUAUUCUUAUUUUUCAUCAUACUUGGUUAUCAACAAAAAGAAAACGUUUUUUUCUACAUUAUCUUCCUAUAGCUUUAAUUCUUAUUUAUUAUCAUAUAUUCUAUUUUAUUGUUUAUUUCUUUUCACCACGUGAAAAUGAUUUUAUUGAUUCUGGUAUGAUUUGUUUUUCUGUUGGUUUAUAUGAUUUAAUGGUAUUUCGAGUUUUUGAAACAAUGAUUAAUAAUAUUUUACCAGAUUUAUCAAUAGUUAUAUUUAGUAUGAGUUUAAUUAUACGUAUUAUUCGACAAAAACAACGUAUGAAUCAACCUAUUCGAUGGCGACAAUGUCGAAAAAUGACAAUUCAAUUAUUAUCAAUAUCAUUUCUUUAUCUUAUUGUUACUGGUCCUAAUGCAUUUAUGGUUUUCUUGUAUAUGUGUGGAUUACCAAACGAUGUCGGUGUCAAUUUUACAGAAUAUGCUGUUUUUCUUACGUAUUUCAUCGUACUUCUUUUUCCAUUUGUUUCUAUGCUUUCCAUGCCUGAACUACUAACUAAAAUCAAAGCAACAAUUCAAUUAAUACGCCCGGCAAGAUUACUUAGUCCUGAAAUAAUAAAUAUGGAAAAUAUGAGAAAAAAUUAA